UGCAACCGAAUUGUUUAUUCUUUGAUGAAUAAAACAAACAAAAAUUGAACUGAUUUACAAUAAUAUUCUAAUAAGAAUUAAGCCAUAGAGAAUAUUGGUUAAGAAUAAGCAUUUAGAGUGUGAAUAACGAAGGACUUGUCCAAAGUCGCAACGAUUGAAUGUGUUGACAUAUGAGGUGCUGGUAUUUGUGGGGUCUGUUCUGCGGCACCGGCGCCGUGCGGUUCCGCGAUGGCUCUCGGGGGCUCGGCGCUGCUGCAGCACGCCACCGUGCUGGAACAGCUGCUCGAGGAGAUCAACUUCCAGCGCACCAAGGAAAUGCGCCAGUUGAUGAAAGAUGACUCGGGGUUCGUGGUGCUGCAGGGGACCACGUACUGGACGGACCUGUUCGUGCGCCACUUCCUGUUCCAAGAGGAGCGGUCCAUCGACUGCGACGACCUGCUGUUCUUUGUGCGAAAACGACAUGUCAAGGGGACCUCGCGAUACCUGCCCAAGUAUGAGACGGACGUGGAGGUGUUCCGCAAGGACUCCAAGAAGCUGCCCAUCGGCGACCCCGAGAUCGACUGGGAGGAGACGGUCUACCUCAACCUGAUCGUGCACCAGUUCGACUACACGCUGACGCUGGCCAUCUGCACGCGCACCAGCCCCAAGGAGCUGCAGGUGCUGCGGCGCCACUCGCAGAAGGUGUACGCGUCUCCCAGCCGGCGCAAGAUGGACACGAAGGGCGAGGGCGAGGAGAUGACGUACCCCCACAUCUGCUUCAUGGUCGACAACUUCGAUGAGGUCUUCUGUGACAUCGUAGUGCGGGACGGGGAGAUGGUGUGCGUGGAGUUGGUGGCUAGAGGCCGGGGCGGCGCGGCGCAAGCGGUCAUCUUCCUUGGCUCCAUACGCUACGACGCGCUCACCAGAGUGUACGACGCCAGGCAAUCGUCGCUGUCCACGAAGGUCGCGCAGCGCAUGUCGUUCGGGCUGCUGGGCCGCGCGUCGGCCGCCGCGCGCUGCGAGUUCGUGCGCAUGAAGGGGCCCGGCGGGAAGGGCCACGCCGAGGUGGCGGUGUCGCGGCCGCGCUCGUCCGGCGCGCACACGCCUAGCUCGGAGCCCGGCCUGGCCGCGUCCGAGCUGUGGGACUGCGACUGGGACGACGACCCCGACGAGCUGUUCCUCUACAGGCACCAGCGUCGCCUGAGCGACCCGAGCGCGAACAUCACGACGUUCGUUCGCGGCGGAUGGCGCGCGCGCGAGCGAGACAGCGACAAGAGUCGCUCGGAGAACGAAGGGCUCGACUCACUCUCCGACGGCUUCGCGGAGGUCGAGGCGGGCGAUUUGCGCGACGGGCGGCGGGCUUCCUCGGUGCGCUGGCGCGGCUGCUGCGCGGCGGGCGCGCGGCGCGACGCCGACAUGCGCGACGUGUACCGGCGCGCGCCGCCCGACCUGUCCCCCGCCUGCCUGCACACCGUGUCGCCGCGCCGCCGCCCCGCGCGCCGCGCGCCGCAGCCGCCGCCGCUGCGCCCGCUGCCCGCGCCGCGCGCGCCGCCCGCCGCCGACCUGUGCGAGCUGGCGUGCGACGCGUGCUGCCUGGACGGCGGCGCCGCGCCCGCCCGCGCGCCCGCCCCCGCCUCCGCCUCCGCCCCCGCGCGCACGGUGCGCGGCGAGGAGGAGCUGCCGUGCGACGUGCGCGGCGCGGAGCCGGCGCGCGGCGCGGGCGCGUGGAGCGCGGGCGCGCGCGCGUACGUCACGCUGCCGCGGCGCCGCGGCGUGGCGGCCGCGCUGUUCCGCGCGCACGCGCUGCCGCCGCGCCGCACCACGCCCGACGGCACCGACAUCUACUACUGGUGCGACGUGCCGCGCCGCCAGCACUCCGAGCUGGACGACGGCGCCUACAACCCGCUGUGGGCCAUGCGCGGCUUCACGCAGACGUUCCACCUGUGGAAGGAGGGGCGGCGCGCGCAGUCGGCGCCGCUCAACGCCUUCCUCACCUACGUCACGCUGCCGUGGUGGAGCAUCGCCAAAGAUAUUCUAGACCACCGCGAAGAGCCUAUCCUGACCUUCUGAGACCUAUAGGCCUACUGCAGAACUGAAAUGUGACACUUGACGAACAUUCCAAACAUUUCGCAAUAGUCUUAGUGAGUUAUAUGUUAUGUUUAAAGUCAUUAUGAAAGAUCUCUUGGAUUUUCAUUCACAAUAUUAUUCUUAAGUUAAUUUAUUAUAAUUUAAAUUCAUAUAUGUUUAAAAUGUGCAUUUCACCGUCGGUGCGUCUUUAAUUUAUUACAUUCAGAUCUAUGAACUGACCCUAAGAGUAUUGGGAAGGAUUUCAUUUGUAAAUAAAACAUGAAAACAUUGUGUACAAGGCAUUGCUAUGCCUUUAUUUUUAUCAGACAUAAAUUGCUACACGUUUUAUCAUAUAAAAAACCGUAAUGUACAGAAUUAAAUCAUUUGCCACCCAGCUAACAAUGAAGAUGUCGCUGUCAGUUUCUCUGUGUUGAAAGACUUAUGUACAGCGGAAUUAGAACUGAUAUCGUCGUAAAGCCCCAGACCGUGGUUAUGCGUUUUUGCUCGGUGGUUUUUUCACAAGAUGACUCAAGAGCAUUUAUUUAAUUAUUUAAAAAUGCAUUAGCUAACAGCGACUCGUGUGGUAACAGUUCACAUUAAUGUUAAACCCUCUCAUGACGAGCAUAAAUUGCUUAUCUACUAUAAUCGAAACGCAACCAGUGUAAUACUUAUUAUUUUGAAGUUCCGGUGGCCAUCCAUCCGUUUUGCUUGACCACCAUUUGUGUUUGGUGGUGAUAGCAAAUGCGUUACUUAAAAAAAAACCUAAAUUGCUAUAGGUGUCCCUACAAUAUUUCUCUCACAGUUCCCUUGAUUUCUCCAGGACCCCUUCAACUGAUCUUGACCUGAUAAAAAUAGGACCACAUGGCAAGUAUACGUCUCAAACAAAAAAUACAUUUUUCGCUUUAUUACAUUAAGUUUGUAUUUCAGGUGUAGCCCAUAUACAUUGAUAUUACCAUUUGAAAGAAAUACAGUUAAGAAACACAAAUUAAAUUUAAUAUAAUCAUAAACAACAGAGCUCGGGGCCAACAGUCAUAAAAAAAUGCUACCUAAUUGAGAACCACCGCCUUUUUGUAAGUCAGUUAAAAAGGAAUUUCCACAUGCUCAGUGUAGUAAUUUACUCAUUGACUUUUAUUAUUAUCAGUUGACGCUGCCGUCUCUUCGUUUUUCUCUCCAAUUAAUUGGCACCAUUAUUGCGCUGUAUGUUGUGAAACUGUAACACCAUUGUCUAGAUAAUUUGGAUAACUAAUAACAUUAUAUCAUUAGCUUAAAGGAGUGAUGGUAGCCCAGUCGGUAGGAAUUCGAUUUCACUCUCGAAGGGCCGAGUCCGAAUCCUAGUACGCACCUCUAACUUUUCAGAGUUAUGUGCGUUUUAAGCAAUUAAAAUAUCACUCGCUUCAGUGGUAAAGGAAAAUAUCGUGAGGAAACCUGCAACAUGACUGAGAGAUUUUCUCAAAGGUGUGUGUGUGUCCUUAAAUCCUUGUGGGAGUAGGCCCGUGCCCUGUAAUAGGUUGAUAUUAUGAUGUUGAUAGUUAGUUUCAGAGUACUCCGUAUUUCAAAUGUGGCGCUUCCAAUUAAAACUGAAUUCCAGGUCACUUGUAUAUUAUGUGCCGCCACGACAGUGUUGGGGGCAUAAUUUUGCGUUCAUAUGUUACUGUACUGUCAGAGUUAUCUUAACUUAAUUAUUAUUUUCAAAUUAAUAAUUUGGUUAAAAUAAUAUUCACACACCGAAUGGUGGAAUAUAUAUUUUUAAUGUAACUUGAUCUCUAUGUACUUACCUACAUUCUUAAAUAAAUUUAUUAUUAUAAGAAUUAUUAUUAUAGACUGCACAGUAAAAGUACAAUUUAAAGUGUUGACAAAGGUGACAUAGGAGAUACCACAUGUUUUAAAAAAAAUUACCGGACUUCAGAAUAUAUAAUAUCGGUAUCGGCUAGAUUCGUAUUUUAUAUUAUGACUGAACGCAUCGAGACGGUACAGACAGAGUUUUUUUUAUGUUGACAAAGUUGAAUUUCUCCGAAAAACUAUGGAACUGUUUGAUAAAUAUGUAAUAUUUAAAAAUGUAUCUUUCUGAGUCCAAGGCCGUGGGUUCGAUUCCCACAACUGGAAAAUGU